AUGCCAAGUUUUGACAGUGUGAAAGUAGCAGUACGUGUAAGACCCUUCAGUCAGAGAGAGAAGAAUGCAGGCAGCAGAUGUGUGAUAUCUAUGAAUUCCAGCACUACCAGCAUACAUGAUCCCAAGAAUCCAAGUCACGUGAAAACAUUUACCUUUGAUCUGGCAUAUUGGUCACACAGUGGAUUUUUAAAGGACCAAGAUGGCAAGCUCAUUUCAGCUGGGCCAAACAGCAAAUACUCAGGACAGAGAGAAGUUUUUCGAGACCUUGGACAGGGGGUUCUAGACAGUGCUUGGCAAGGUUACAAUGCUACCCUCUUGGCUUAUGGCCAGACUGGCUCAGGAAAGAGUUAUUCCAUGAUUGGAUAUAGCACAAACAGAGGCAUAAUCCCAGUGGUAUGUGAAGAGCUCUUUAAAACAAUUCAAAACCAAGAGAAUAACAAGCAAUAUCAGGUUACAUUUAGUAUGCUGGAAAUUUAUAACGAGCAGGUAACCGAUUUGCUGUCUAAAAUCAAGAAGCGGGGUGGACUCAAGGUAAGGGAAGAUCAGCAACAAGGCUUCUACGUGGACGGUUUGAAACUGGUGCCUUGCGACAGUUACGCGCAAAUUGAGAGACUAAUGGAACAAGGUACCAAAAUAAGAACUACUGCUUCAACCAGUAUGAAUGCCACCAGCAGUCGGUCUCAUAUGGUCAUCACCAUCCAGUUCAAACAGAUUUUUCUGAAAGAAGACAUUACUAAACAAUCCAUAAUAAAUCUGGUGGACUUAGCAGGAAGUGAAAGACAAAAGUCCUCAGGAUCAGAAGGAGACAGGCUGAGGGAAGGAACCUGUGUAAAUCUGAGUUUAACAACUUUAGGAAAUGUUAUCAGUGCUCUGGCUGAGGCUGCCAUGGGAAAGAAAGUGUUGCAUGUCCCGUAUAGAGAUUCAGUUCUUACAAAACUCUUACAGUCUGCUUUAGGAGGAAACAGCAGAACUAUUAUGAUUGCAGCGAUUAGUCCAGCAGAUAUGUGUUAUGAGGAGACGCUGUCAACUUUGCGAUAUGCUGAGAGAACAAAGAAGAUAAAGAACAAAGCAGUGAUAAAUACAGGUCCAACUGCAAAAUUGAUAAAUGAGCUGAAGACAGAAAAUUGUCACCUGUUGUCCAGAUUGUCAGGCCUUGGAAACUCUGGUAGAACAGUAGCAGAUGAAACAAAAGAGCUUCGCUGUUUGUUGGCUGAAAAUGAACUGCGGAUUCAAGCCAUUCAAGCAACCUGGGAAUAUCGACUGGAAGAAGCCCGAAAGGAAUGGGAGCAGCAAUAUGCGGCAAUAACUCAGGAGAGAUGGAUGAUGGAAACAUUUCCUUAUCUCGUGAAUAUCAAUGAAGACCCUCAGCUUUCCAGGGUUCUGAAAUAUUUCAUUCAAGAUGGUUCUUCUGAUGUUGGUCAGUCAUCCUCCAAUGCAAUAGCACUCAGAGGUUUAGGCAUUUUGGAUAAGCAUGCAACAUUCACAAACUCUAAUGGCAAAGUCAGUAUAACUCCUCGGGAAAAGUGUAAAGUCAUUGUUAAUGGUGUGCCUAUUGCAGUAAAAACUAAACUGCAGCAUCUGGACCGUAUUAUUUUGGGGUCAAAUAAUGCAUACCUCUACAUUGGUCCGCCUACCGAUCGCACCAAUGAGGACCAGAGCAGAUAUGAUUAUGAUUUUGUUCAAUCAGAGCUAGCAGCAGCAGAAGGCUUCAGUGUAGAUAAACUUGGUGCUGCAAGCAGGAAAGACGGGAAGCCAGAUCCCAGUGUCCUUGCAGUGUUCCAUGAUUAUAUUAAGUUAAUGCCUUUGGUUGCUGAAGCAAAUCAGAUGAGUGUGGAGCUGAGGAAGGACCUAAAUCUGGAACUGAAAGUGAAAAAUCUGGCAUCCUCUGACUCCAGAGGUUAUGAUCUACAAAAGGAGGUCAUUGUGAAAGUCACACACAAAAUUACUAACCAGGUAUGGGUAUGGUCAAAACCUAAGUUUAUCAACAGGAAAUUUUUAAUGGAAGAGCUUUAUCAGCGUUUCUUAGAUGGAGAAGAUGUGCAAGUUGACAAAGAGAGUGAUCCAUUCUGGGAUCCUGUGGAAAUAAUUCAUUUAGGCUCUGCUCAUAUCUGGCUCCAGUCCCUUGCUUACUGCAUGAAACUUGAAGAACAAACUGAACUGCUGAAUUCCGAAGGAAUGGAGGAAGCCAUCAUACUAAUCACUAUAAUCCCAUGUUCUCCAAAUGGAAGAGCCUUGGGAGAGGAUGAUAUGGUUAUUGACCCUUUGGAAUUGCUGGGCAAAAGGAUUGAUUUCCAUAUUAACAUUUUACAAUGCCUUGGAGUCAAAUGGAUUAAAGAAGUAGCCCAGAGAGGGAUUCAGAUUGGAUAUAAAGUUUAUGAUCUCCCAUGCUCAUUAUAUACAAAGCCUGCUUGGAAAAAUGUGAAUCCGAAGAUAGAAGAACUAGUUAAAUUUUCAGCCAUGAAGACAUCCCAUGAUUUUUUGAACUAUCUGCAGAAAAAUGCCUUAAUUGUUGACUUGUGGGGUCUUCAAGAAGGAUGUGUUGAACUAGACUCAUCUCACCAAGGCAUGGCAGUCACAAGUGAGGGCUCUAUUAUCAUUGAUAACCCUAAAGCUGAAGUUCUGAGCGUAUCAGGUGAUACUGAAAACCAGAUUGCUGAACUUUACCAAAAGUUACAAAAGCUAGAGCAAGAGACUGAACUACUCAGAGAUAUUAACAGAGCUCUGAGGGAAGAAAACGUACUUCUGAAGAAUAAACUGAGAGUAUCUGAGACCGAAAUCCAUCAAAGCAAGAGCUUAAAAUCUCCUACAAAAACCCAAGCUAAUAAAAUAACUUCAUCGGCAUCAAGAGAUACACGCCCAGUAUGCAAUUCUCGGAUAAGUUGUGAUGCUGAAUUUGCUAAAGCGCUCAAAACUUUCUACCAGAAUAUGAAUGUGAUCAGAGGACAAUUCUUAAAACUAAAGCACUGCAGAGCCCCGGAUGAAGAUAAUGUUCAACUACUUCGACUUUUUGCCGAGAGACAAUCGCACAUGUUAAAGGAUUUCGGAGAACAACUUGAGUCAAACAUAAGUAAACUGAAAAAUGAUGUUGCCUUAAUAAUUAAAAAGAAACGAGAGAGGCUAGGUUACAGCAAGCCAUGA